UUGAUUGAUUAAUUUCCGUUGUUGUUCCUAGGUCAUUGUUGUUGAAGAUAAAUAAUACUAUAUGAAUAUGAGUAUGUGGGACACUAAUUCACAUGAAAAGGAAACAAACCCUUUUGAUAUUUGGACCCCCAAACAAAGUGCAAGUCGUGUUCUUUUGAAAUCAUCUUUGUUUGCAAGGAACAGAGAAAAAAGGAAGGAAAUGAAACAAAGUGGCAAAGAAAUUGUGGUGUUAAGACCUGGAAUGGUUCAUUUGAAAGGUUACAUUUCUUUAACCGAUCAAGUUAAGAUAGUGAAAGUAUGUAGGGAAUUAGGGUUAGGUGAUGGAGGGUUUUACCAACCUGGUUAUAAGGAUGGGACUAAGUUGCAUUUAAAAAUGAUGUGUCUUGGUAAAAAUUGGGAUCCUCAAACAAGACAGUAUGGAUGUCAGCGGCUGUCAGACGGGUCUGUUUCGCCGAAAAUUCCUGAUGAAUUCUUGACCUUGGUUCACUCUGCAAUCAAAGAUUCACAUUCGCUCAUCGAACCCGCUAGCUCCAGACCGCUUCCCUUGAUCUCACCCGACAUUUGUAUUGUCAAUUUUUACGAAAAAAAUGGUCGACUUGGUCUUCAUCAGUACAAGGAUGAAAGUGAUGAGAGAAUGCCAGUGGUGUCAUUCUCUAUUGGAGACUCAGCAGAGUUUCUGUAUGGUGAUGAAAGGGAUGUCGACAAGGCAAAGAAAGUCGUUUUGGAAUCUGGGGAUAUUUUGAUAUUUGGUGGCAAAGCUAGAAAUGUCUUUCAUGGCAUUAGUGCUAUUAAGCCAGACACUGCCCCUAGCAGCUUGCUUGAAGAAACUAAUCUCCGUAAACCUGGCCGAUUGGAACUAUCUUUUAUAAAGCUCGUUUCUGGUCUUGGUCAAGGAUCUCCAUUCAGCCACGGUCUUCUCACUCCACCACCACCACCACUCUUCCCACAGAUUGCUACAAGGUGGAUUUCUUGGCACCCUUCUAGGGAGGAUUGUUUUGUCCUUAACGUGGACGGGAGCUGCCUUGGUGAUUCGGGCCGUGCUGGUGCUGGAGGCCUAAUUAGAAAAGGUGAUGGUAGUUGGGUGAUUGGUUUCAGUUGCUUCCUUGGGAUAGCCGAUAACAACUAUGCAGAACUUAUGGCUGUUUAUCAUGGCCUGAAUCUUGCUUUGUACAAUGGCUACACCGAUAUCUGUUGUUAUUCGGAUUCCAAAACUGUUAUAGAUCUCAUUUCUAAGCCUGUCAAUAACCUUCAUUCUCAUGCUUCAAUAAUAGCCUAUAUUAAAGAAUUGGCGAAUUUGGAUUGGAAGGUGAAUUUAUCUCAUACUCUUAGAGAGGGGAACGAGAGUGCUGAUUUUCUAGCAAAAUUGGGUUCAAGUAAUGACAUCAAAAUGAAGAUUUGGAACUCCCCUCGUGAGGGUAUCGAGACCUUGCUUCUAUCUGAUUCUAGGAGGACGCUGCAUCCUCGGCCUUAA